UAACCACUGGUUGAUAUUGGUACUGCUAUGGAGUUUACUAAAUCAAGUCGACAUUCAUUUUUAAAAGUUUGCCGACUGCCGAGGAUUUUACACUGUUUUUCCGUUUGGACUGUUUAACAAGAAAGUGUUUAGUUAUUAUUAACAAUUUUGUUCGUUAGCCUAGACUAGAUUUAUUUUCUUUUGAGGUUUUAGAGUAAUUGUUUAAAAUGGAUCCAGCACUGUUAAGGGAACGGGAGCUCUUUAAGAAAAGAGCUCUCUCGACACCCACAGUUGAGAAGAAGAAAAAUGAAAGUGUAUCCUCUGCACCAAAAGAAGAUGGAAAGAAAAAAUCCAAACCUCCCCAAACAUCAUCUUCUGGCGGUGUUAGUUAUAAAUCGAUGACAGGAAGUUCACAGUACAAAUUUGGGGUUUUGGCCAAAAUAGUGAAGCAUAUGAAAUCAAGGCAUCAGCAAGGGGAUGAUCAUCCUUUGAGCUUGGAGGAGAUUCUUGAUGAAACCAAUCAACUGGAUGUAGGGAAUAAAGUUAAACAGUGGCUGCUGUCAGAGGCGUUGGCGAAUAAUCCCAAGAUAGAAGUUAACCAGGAAUGCAAGUACUUAUUUAAGGCACCUUACAAGAUAAAAGACAAGAAAGGAUUAUUAAAGCUGCUAAAGCAACAUGACCUUAAGGGCUUGGGUGGCAUCUUGCUGGAAGAUGUUCAGGAGUCACUACCACAUUGUGAUAAGGCACUUAAGAGUUUAGCAAAUGAAAUAGUUUACAUUACAAGGCCAAUUGACAAGAAAAAAAUUAUGUUUUACAAUGACAAAACAGCAAAUUUAUCCAUAGAUGAAGAAUUUCAGAAAUUGUGGCGGUCAAUAGCUGUUGAAAAUAUGGAUGAUAUGAAAAUAGAAGAAUAUUUGGAAAAACAGGGCAUUCGAUCAAUGCAAGAUCAUGGAAUAAAGAAAGUAACACCCAUUCACAAAAGGAAGAAACCCAACCAGAGGAAGAAACAACUCAAGAGGCCAAGAGACAAUGAACAUUUAGCAGAUGUUCUUGAAAAUUAUGACGACAAGUAAAUUAUUGAUAGCAGUACAAUGUCACUGCGAAUUUGUUGAUUUGUUUUCAAAUCUGGAGUAAUUUAUUGUUUAUAGUGUUUUAGUUCUACUGUGUAAAACUGAAACAUUACUGGUUGUAACAUAAUAUACUAUUUUU